CAGUUGUUUCGUGACCGCUUGUCCGUCUGUCCGUCAUCUCCGAGACCCCCAGAAAUUGAACUAGAAUAAAGUCGACCAUGUCGUUUGAUAGAACUGGAGAAAAGCUGCAGGAACUCAUUUGCAUGGUUACCUUGACGUCGAUGGUCGUUUUCUGCCUCAUCACGCCGACGACUCUGGCCGCUUCCGGAUUUCUUCAACCGGCGCUGAACUUUCAUUAUCAGCCGCCGGAAGCGAAAAUGGACACCGGGACCACGACGACGACGACAACAACAACAACGACGACGACCCUGACCGUCGACGACACCAACGUCUCGUUCCUCUUCAAAGUGAAAGUCUACCCGUUCCGGCGCAAAUUAUUCGCAGCCGUGACGGCCAACAACCAGGAGAUGAUGAAGGCGACGGCCCGGUUCGGCGGACCGGAGACGGGCGUCGUCAAACGGCCGACCACCAGAGGAAAUAACGACAGCAACGGCGUCGUGGCUUUUGGCGUCGAUCUCGGACUGCCAGGAACGCUGGGCGGAAUGGGCUACGGCCACCAAUAUCCAUUCUCUUUCCCGUUUGAAACGUUUUCCAUUUCAUCCGUCCAGGUGCGGACGGAAUCUCAUCUGGCUAAUAAUGACAUUAGCGACGAUCACGCCGAAUACUAGCCCCAAUUUAAUUUGACAACAUAUUUUAUUUAGUGACUAAUUUUAGAUUGAAUGAAUGAGAAUAAAAAAGGCCAAAUGUU